CAGCUAGGACACUGUCGGGUAGCGCUCUGUUUUUGGGCUGGCUGAUUAUGCUAGCAGCUGAGCUAAUGUUAGCCUGCUAACACUAGCGUUUAUUCGAUUUAAAACACACGAUUUGUUUACAGCCUGUCGCUAAGGACGCUGUACUUUUUGAUUUUCUUGGUUUUCGUCACAGCAGAAGGCUACUGAGCGAGUUUUGUUCUUCUCCUUGCGCUGGUAUCCAGUGUCAGACAGACAAAACAUCCAGCGAGGCUGUUUGCUAAUGUUACAGUGUUUGCUUUGAGCUAUGCAAGCAUAGGACGCCAAUUGUUUUCUGCUGCGGACAAACUCAAACUGGGGACACUCAGCUGAAUAUCCUCUCCCAUCCCCCUUACCCCCUCUGUCAGAGCAUGGCUCAGGAGACCAAUCAGACGCAGGUGCCAAUGCUUUGCACUAUGGGAUGCGGUUUCUAUGGUAACCCCCGCACCAACGGCAUGUGCUCGGUCUGCUACAAGGAACACCUGCAGAGACAACAGGGAGGGGGGCGAUCCAGCCCCCCGGGAGAGAAAGCUGCUACAUCACCAGCAGGAUCGCCGGGGUCCGCUGGCGUGACCGUGGAAAGUGCGACCUCAGAGCCCAGUACAGAGGUGGCAGGGACCCCACCUGAGGAACAAACGACCAGUCCCAGCUCCCCCAGCCCAGUAACUCAACAGAUGACAGCUAUGAGCAUCUCCCAGGAUUCGGGAGCUGUAGACUCUGAUCGAGCGGAGGCUGAGGAGGGAGAAGAGGAGGGUACUUCCAACAGCUCAGAGCCAGUAGAGGAAGCAGCACAGGCUUUGUCUGAUAGUGACCAAACUCCAGAUAAAAACAAGAAAAAGAACCGCUGCUUUUCUUGCCGGAAGAAAGUGGGCCUUACUGGUUUUGACUGUCGCUGCGGCAACCUGUUCUGUGCCAUUCACCGUUACUCUGACAAACACGACUGUCCCUACGAUUACCGGAGCGCAGCUGCUGCCCGCAUACGCAAGGAGAACCCCAUCGUGGUGGCUGAGAAAAUUCAGAAGUUAUGAGGACUGAGUGCAAAAAAACAAAAGUCUCUCUGACUUUGUGAAUUUGAACAAUGGCGACUUGGAUGAAAACACCUGAUAUCAUGGCUUCAUUUGUUCAUGGUAGUGUAAGGCGGGCAGGGGUGGGGUGGUGAGGUUGCAGCCACUGUCCAGACGCUUCCCUUACUAGCAUCUCCCUCUCUCUCCACUAGUGACUGCGGCUGAACCUAAGCGUUUUCUGUGCGUGUGAGUGUGUGUUUGUAUGAGAGUGUGCACAUUUGCUUGAGAGUCGGGGAGAGCGUCGUAGGGGCCUGGCGGACAUUAGUGUUGCUGUGGGGAGGGGAGGCAUUUGAUUUUACCCCUUUUUGUUUCUCAACUUGGGGGAUCGUGUGGGUUUAUUUUUAUACAAUCCCUGUAAGGUAGUUGAAAUGAGACAGGGGUAAGCUGUUGAGGAAUGUGUCACAGCCUGGAUCAAGACACAGAGGUCAAUUAAGAAGGUCUAACAAGUUUUUAAGAAGAAAAAAAAUCUAACUGGGAGAUUUCAUGUAUCAGCAAGACCUUUUAAGGGCUUUGGAAUAUAAUUUUUUCUCCCAGACUGAAAAUGAUGUCAACUUCUUGUCAAAUUGGCAUUUUCUUUUCUUCCCACCUCCUCUUUUCUCUCUGGGUCACCAUACAUUGAACUCCCAAGUCUCAGCAUUUUCCAGAAACGUUUCUCUUUGAUAUAUUGACUUAUCAUACUGAUAUUGGGUGCAUGAACAGUUAUUGGAGGGGGACGGUCGGGGAGGGCAAGGGUAGGGGAAACUGAGAACCUUGACUUAACUGAGUGAUUGAAUUCUGUGUUUUUCUUUUUUUUUUUUUUUUUUUUUUUUUUUCCUGUUUUAAUGAGCGUAUGACAUCAGAAGAUCUAUAUUAAUAUAUUGUAGUUAGCUUGAAUUGUGUGAUUGCAUUCUAUUUAUUUUUUAUCGUUUGGUUGGUCUGUGCUGGAGGAUUGGCAGCAUGUGUCAGCAAAUCAUUAAGAUUUGCCCUUAACCUUUGCGAUUAUAUUUAAGUAAUUCCAUCUUGAUUAUAUAACCAUUGAAUAAAAAAUACACAAGCUCUGACAUGAUGGAGUAGAGUCCAGUUAUGCAGUUACAAUUACAAAUGUGCAGUAAAACGUCCAUAGUUUUGGAUUUGGAAACAAAGCACAACAAAGUGUGUCAACUGCAGAGCACAAAAUAAUGUACCACACCUUCUCAGUUUUGUUCAGCAUCUGGGUCAUUUGCAGUUUAUAUUUGAUCUGUAAAGCAUUCUCGCCGAAGAAAUUGCCUUCUCGUUCGACUGAUGAGACGUUCUGUUUUAGUGAGGCGGCGUGUUCUCCUUGAAUGCCCUUUUCUGUUCUAAUGGAGUCAGAGUGGAGCUCCGUGUUUCUCUAACCACCAGCAGACCACUGACACAUGCUGAAUGAAAACUGACCCAGGUCGCAGUGACUCUACACUUUGACACACCUUCUGCUCAGCUAGAGUAAAGAUUGUCGCAAUGCUACGGAGUUGCGCGCUGUGCUUUUACAAUGUGCUCAGAUUCAGAUGAGUCCUUACUAUGAAGACCGCCUCUAGCUAGCUUCUUCUAGGAAGAUCAAACUUUACAUGCAUGUGUGCAGUCAAACAUACGAGUUACUGUUUUGUAACCGGCUGCACAGUUUGAAACGAAGCUGGAAUGUUUAAAAAGCCACACAGCAGUAGCACAAUGCAUGGCUGGAACCCUGAGGUUCAAGUUAACAGGACUCCACAGUUUCUUUUCCAAAUGUAAAUAUCAUAUGGCUCCUAUUCAUAUAGUAUAAUCUUAAUGUAGAUUUUUGCCAGGUAAUAAAUAUGGGGGACUAAGGUGAAGAGUAGUACUAUGUGUAUAAAAGUGCUUUUCGUAAGUAUCCAAAAAAGAGUGCCACAAAUGGCACUGAUCUUUUUUCCCAUCUUGUCCCCGUUUUUAUUUCAAAGUUAAGUACCAACAUCAUCUGCCCAUGUAAUGUCCAAAGUAUGUUCAUAAACUGGCUCUACCACGAGUAUUACCUUCAGGCCAUGUGGCGCCUACUCUACAAUACUAGUCAGAUCAUUAACAAGCCCCUUAAGCUUUAUUAACCUCGCUGAAUUACACGGUAGCCCAGUCCAUGCUUUUAUCCUGUUACUGAAGUUUAUUCAUAGCAUAGCGAUAACACCGAAAGUUAAAAAGGCCCCUUGUGAGAUGCAGAGGGGCAUUCAAAGUUUUAUCCUCUCAUUAUCAAAAGCUUCCCUUGUAAAUGUUGCUCCAUCUUGAUCAUUAAAUAUUUAUGAAAGAGCUGUAGAAAAGUUACAAGGAAUUUGCAGAGCUUGUAUUUUCAAAAUAAGCCAACGCCGAAUGUAUUGGACGGGAAUGACUCUCUCUCUUGUAUGCACAGAAUAUUGUGUUGGGCCUGGCUGAGUUUAAUUCUGGCUCCUUUUGAUUGGAAAAUUGGCCUUCAUUAUAAUUCCUGUUUAAGUCCUAGUGUGGGUGAUGGACGCGUUAAUGGCUUUGUGACUCGGUGUGCCAACACCGAGACUAUUUACCCAGGAUAAGUUGGCCAUCCAAAGCCCGUAACUGUGACUUAAUUACCACUGGUGGAAACUUGAAAUUCAGAGGGGGAUUCUUGAAUGACGAUAAAGUACAAGGAGAAUAAUUGUCAUAUUCAGGGGGAAAUUGUGGUUGAAGCAGCUCUGCUGUUUGAUGUUCCCAAGGGUGUAUCUUAUAUAUUCAGAGUAUUCAAGCUUGCCUGCUGGGUUGAUGACUAUUACGAAGUAUUGUAACCUACAAAAUGCUCUGUUUUCAUUUACAGAUUGAAAGUUCUAUCAAAGAGAAGAUUCUUUGCUUGAUUGUUCAACUAUGUAAAAUGUUAGGAUUUUGCAAUUUACACUUGUUUUCUAUUGACUGCUCAUAUCAACCCCCACCCUCUAUUUUCUUAAUAAACAUGGGCAGUUUGAAUGUAAACCACCAUAAUUCACAUAAUCAGCUCCAAUGUCAUUUAUCAAACUACUUGGCCCUGAUAUUGACUAUAUUUUGGGUGGAGGCCCACUUUUCUUUCAUGUGAUUUGGGACGGUUGGAUCACUCAAAUUGUUUUGACUGUUUGUGACGAAGGCACCAGCAAAUAGGGCAGCCAUACCUAAGUAAUCUAGAUAUUAUCAAUACAUAUACAUUUUCUUCCUUCUGUUCUGUUGCUUCGAUAGAGUUUUGAUGUCUUCAAUCCUGUCUUUAGCACAACCUUUCAUAAUGUCUUCAUCAUGCAAGGGUUUUGAUUGAGAAUAAUGAUGAACCUGUCAGUUGAAGAGGAGUCUGGUUGAAUUUCAGUUUCACUGCAGAAGUAAAGACAAAUGACGAUGACUUGAUUCAUUCUGUCUUUUCAAGAUGAGCUUGAGGGGCAUCAAAUGAAAUCUACAAUGUUCACAGAGCUGUAGUUCUUGUCCCUUGGCACUCCAGUCCCCCAGAAACACCACCAGAUAUCUUUUUAUUUAGUUUUUCUUUAAAGAUUUAGGAUUGUAUGAUGUGUAAGAGUAAGUAUAAAACAAUAAAUUCACAAAGUUUAUUUUAAAUUACA